UGUGGACCAUAUUUCUCCAUUGGACAAUCUUAAUGAAUAUGGUAUGGAUAUCUAAAAGUGAAAAUUUAGUUUAUAUGAAAAAAGGUAAUGAGUUGAUAAAAAGGAAUAAUUCUAUGGAGAGUAAUGGCGGCUUGUCAAAGAUACGUAGCUAUGCUGAUUGUAUUAUUUACGAUUUAGCAGAAGCCGAGGUGAGAAAUUUGUCUUUAACUAAAAUCCGUCAAAACUGUAACGAAUUAUUUAUACAACAGACACAAAUAUGGAAAACAAACAUGAAGGACAUCAAUGUAGCCAACUAUGUCAGCCAUUUAUUAAGAGGAGUGCAUUCUGGGAUUGCAGAUUACCAAAAGCGGAAGAAGAGGAGUAUAUUUGGUGUUGGAGUUUUGACCCGGAAGGAAAUAAGAGAGCCUCCCUAUGAUGAUAAUUGGGGUCGGUAUGUUAAAGCCGUUAGACGUUUGAAACAUAGCUAUGAUAUCAGACCAGACAUGAACACAUAUGAUGUCGUAGCCAACCUUCAUACUGACGCGAAGGUAAUUCCAACAGCACACGACGGACCAGGCUUCUUUGCAUGGCACAGGGAGUAUUUACGAAUAAUGGAGAUUGCUUUGGGUUGUCCAAUCCCAUAUUGGGAUACUACUCCAGACCAUGCAAUGAACGAUCCCACGGAAUCUAUCGUCUGGUCAGAUAAAUACUUUGGCAAUGGAUACGGCGUAGUUCAAACAGGAAUUAUGAAAAACCUACCUACAUUACUUCCGAUUAUUCGGAACAUAAACAAUGCUGCAUGGCUAGUAUCGAAAGAUGACAUCAAAAUGGCGUUAAAGAAACCAACACUAUUUGAAUUCACCGAAUCUUCCCCCUGUGCGAAAGAAGACAGAACACAAUAUAGUUGGGAAUGUUUUCAUAAAGGGAUUCAUGAUUGGAUAAGUGGAACGAUCGGACCUUCAAAUACAACUACUUUUGAUCCUAUAUUCUUUCCAAUUCACGCAUUUAUCGAUAAGGUAUUUGAAAUUUAUAGGCAAAAACUAAUUUCAAAAGGCAUCGAUCCAGCAGAAACUUAUCCAACAAAAUCAAUUAAAAAUCAUGGACCGGACCACAAAAUGAUAUGGGUCCCAAUUUUCCCGGAUGUAGAACAUUUAACCAAUCGACAAGGAUAUGACCACGAGCUAGCAGCAUUGACAAAAUAUAGUCUCGGACCUGUUUGUCCACAUUGUAUGAACAGUGACGAUUUAUACUGUGACGUCAGUAGGCAAUUAUGUGUUUCAAAAGAGCGGAAAGAGAAAGAUAAAUCUGUCAUAACUACAAUAGCUACUAUGACACCGACUGGUAUCGUCUUCACUGAUACCCUAGAACCAGAUAAUCAUACUAGAGUAAAGCGUCUCAUAGAAAGGACAGGGAAAUUCCCGUUUGGUAAAAAGUUCAAUGUUGGAUCACGUGAUAGUCGUACUCGUAACGACGGAACAUCUGUUAUUUAACGAACCGGGAGAAUAAAUUAGUUUGG